AUGUGCUUUAUCAGCAGCAGGGACCACGACAGACAACUCCUCAAGCAACUCCUCAAGCUCAAGUUCCGAAUACUGACUUUCAGGAGGAUGAGUCUAUUCGCCUCUUGGCUGAAGAAUUUCAGACAAAAACGCGGCUGAGUGAGAAGACAAAACCACGACUUCCCUUUUUUAAUGACAAAAACUUCUUGGUGCGGAGCGUUCGAGGGUCACCUGCGUCCAACACUCACAACCAGGAGCUCCUCCAACUGACGCAAGUAGAUCCAGACUGGGCCCGCGUUGAUGUAAAAAAUGAUGAAAACCACCGCAUAUCCACGAAGCGGGGUGAUGCUGAGUUUUCUAUUUCUGUGAAUUACGAUUACCUGCUUGGCGCUUUGCAAUGGUACGCUGAAUACGGCUGGAAUGCGGAGAAGCAAGAGCCAAGUUUUUCCCUGGAUCCCAUGUCCAGCAACAAGAAGGAAGGUCGUGAUGGUAAAAACGAUGAAGCUGAAGAUAAAGAUACUAUGCAACGCAAAGUAUUUCUCGGGCCUUCAUCCUCGUCUAGAUAUGAUUUGAGGAAAGAAGACCUGGAAAUCCCUGAAAAACUGAAAAACACGGCAAUCGGGGAGAUCCUAUUCCAGGCAGAUCUGGCGAUGAAGCGACACGUUUUCUCGCUAUCUGCUCUGCGCAAGUCGGGCUCUUCCGGGCGUACGAGCGACGAGAUUCUCACGUUCCACCACAUCGGGCGCCUUCGAAGAGACCAAAAAAGGCAGAUGCUGAACGAAUCGAUGGCGGAUUUGGGAUUCACGAUUCCGAAGAACGCGGAGCAGCUGGAAGCGGAGGGCCUGGCAAGUCGUCAUCGUUUUUGGUUUGUAGUGAAAGAGGCGUACGUACGUGAGAUAAAUAUUCACGACGAGAGCGAAAGCGAGAAGAAGAGCAAUACUCGGCUCCUAGUACCCUAUGUGAAGUUGGGUAUUGAGACGCGAGCACUUCGCACCGUGCGAGACCCCGCAAACCCGAGCAGACUCAUUACCGAGGACGUGCCGGUACCUGCCACGUGUUCAACAUCUUCUACUGCAAGUUCUAAAUCUAGUUCUUCCUCCAGUUCUAGUUCGAGCACCGAAGCAGCUUGUAAAUCGUGGACGGCGCAGUAUGCAGCGCUUGCGAGCGAAAAGAGCGACAUUUACAUGGAGUCUAUUCCGGAAAUUGCGGAAUUGGUGCAAGUGACUCGCGCUUUCGUGCUGGCAAAGUAUCUGCUGCAAAACAACAUCGUCAAAAGCUCCGAGAUACCACGCAGUGCGGCCUCUGGCUUGGUUUUAAGUAGCAAAGAUUACGACCAUUCUGGGGAGGUCCAGAUCACGUCGGAAAACAAUGGCAUUUUGGCCAGGAUGAAGAAAGAGCUAUUGAGCCGUGCCAAGGUGACGCAGCCUGCGAUUUUGGAAAACAUUCUGGCGAAGGUUGCGUCGAAAAAGAGAUCGAGGGAGGAUGAAUCAGGAGGACGGCGAGAUGACGGAAAGUGCUUGAAAGAUUUUUUGGCUUCGACAAAAGGUCAAAAUUUUUUGGAGGAGCGAGUGCUAGUUGAGGACUGUAAAUUCCCGGUAGAUUAUCCGAUGCAGAUGCCUUUGCUGAAAUACACCGACCCUGUUCCGUAUCAUAAAGUGGCCCUGCCCUUUGGGAGCUCCAAUACGCAUCUGCAACUCGUUGGUGGGGUGGACUUAGGUUUCGCGGGAAGUCGUGUUUCCUCGCUUACUUCUGACUUCUACUUCAACACAGGCAGCAGGGGCACCGGUACAGGCAGAGGCUCCACUGGCGGUGGAACCGCUUCUAGCAGCGGCAGUGGUGGCGGAACUUCCAGUGGAAGUGGAGGGGAAAAUAAUGGCAAUAACAACGGAGGCCGGGACCCGAAUGAGGAGCAGCUUUUACGUGAUCUGUACCGUCUCGAAAGACAGAGCCGGGAGAACAUGAAAAACAGGGAUGCGCACUACUGGGAUGAUUAUAGGGGGGAUCAUUUGGAAGAGUUGGGACAGGCGCCCGACCUAUUUAGCCACUGGGACUGGACCACAAUGUUUCCGCGGUGAAUCUUUGUCUUUUGAUCCUUUGCACAACGUGGUCGGGAAGUUUUUUUACUAGAGCAGUGCUUGUUGAAUCAUGAUACUUAAUAUUCUAUGAUAAAUAUAAGUAUUUUUUUUUCGCCUGGUGUAUUUAGUUGUUCCUGAUCUUUUUUUGAUGCUCAUGUUUAGGAACAAAUGCCGUGGAUUUUUCAGUUUCGUUUUCUUGUGAAGAUACCACUUACCGAUGGACGUCGUGAAGAUUUGAAGGCAGGCCAGAGCUGUAGUCGUUUUUUUGGAUUCUGCUUCUGCCUCCAGGUUUCGACUUCAUGGGAAGACCACUGCUUUUGAGGAGCGGGUAGUCUUAAAGGCGUCUU